GACGUCACGGAAUGUAGCAUGACGGGAAAUAUUAAAUCCCAGUAUAACAGGUUAAAGGUCAAGUUCCGGUUUUGUGGAAGAUCAGCUGAGCUGAGGGAAACAUGUCCUCAAUGUCCUCUCUCAAGUCUCGCCUCCUCCCUGCUAUCACCACGGUGACAUCUGUUGGUGUUGGAGUAUGGCUGGGAGUCCAGUACGAAAGAAAAACUCUCCCCUUUCCAUCAGUGUUUGCCAAAACGUCUUCUCCUAGUGAUGAAGUUGAUACCAGAACAGUUCCCGGACACCUAGUCCCAGUCCCCCCUGGUCCCAGUUCUCACACCAGCCCCGGGAAAGCCGGUCAGAUCAUGAGGUUUGGUUUCCCGGGGCUCACAGACUUGAAGUCGCGUGAGGGAUAUGUCGUUUCCUACGACAGAAGAAACAGGAACCCACAUUGGGUGUUUGAACACCUCACCUCUGCCCACAUAAGGGGGGAAUCAGACAGGCAGGAGUGUGACUUUAAAGAAGACGAGACGAUUCAUCCAUAUUUCCGAGCGACCAAUUGGGACUUCAAGCGCAGCGGGUACGACCGUGGUCACCUGGCAGCCGCAGCCAAUCACAGGCACUCGCAGUCCGCCAUGGGAGAUACCUUCUACCUGAGCAACAUCUCACCACAGGUUGGAGAAGGGUUUAACCGUGAUGCGUGGAACAGACUUGAGAGGUAUGUCCGAGGUCUGACCAAACAGUUCAACAAUGUCUACGUCUGCACGGGACCGCUGUACUUGCCAAGGAUGGAGUCAGAUGGCAAGAUGUAUGUCAAGUACGAGGUGAUUGGCCGAAACCAUGUUGCCGUGCCAACCCACUUCUUCAAGGUCAUAGCUUGUGAGACGAACAAGGGUGAACUCAUCUUGGAGUCUUACGUCAUGCCCAAUGCCAAAAUCGACAACAAUUAUCCCCUCAAGAACUUCUUAGUGCCAGUGGAGAGUAUAGAGAGAGCAUCAGGGUUACUUCUCUUUGACAGGAUACCCAGGAAUACAUUCAAGGCUAUUAAUGGGAGGCAACCUUGAUAACAUUAAGCAGGAAAAUUGAGAAAAUGUUUUGUAAAAAUGAUCUUGAGAAAUUUUAGCCAAAUUUAGGUUGUUAAAAGGCUCUUGUCUUGCAUAUUUACCAAGCUGGAUAGUUGCCAGGAAGGCCUAGUUUACUCACUGGGCAAUCUUUUUCUAUUACAUCUUUCAUCUAAAAGUUUUUACCUUACCUUAACCCUCUGCAGUACUUCCAUAUCUCUCUUUUGAAUUUCAAAUUCCUAUCUUCCUGCACAAAAAAAGUACUUUAAGAAUAGAAGUCUGUCUUAGAACUGGAAAGAUCUGAAUCCUUUC